UGGCCAGCAGCAACAGCUGCAAUAGAGUAGCUGCAAUUUGCAGCUUGCUGCGCUUAAUCUAACAGGGUUUUCAUUCUAUGCUAACAGUGUUAAUGAAGUGAAAAGUGAUAUCCGCGGUGCUUUUAGCAGAACGUCUUUCCCCUUGUUAUUCACAUAAACUCUACCUGACGUACUUUUACGUGAGGAACUUGUGCCUUCGUAGGAGUAAUUAGGAUGGGUCGCAAGGAUGCUGCUGCUAUGUAUGACAAUGAGAAGAAGCACUUCAGCAAUGUCAAAUACCAGCGCAUGCAGCGUACUGAUGAUGGAUUCGUAGAUAUCCAGUUUCAGAAAACUCUGUCAAGGAUUCCCAAGAAAGCCAUUGCACUUGCAACUUGCCUGUUCAUUGGUGGAUCUGCACUGAUUGUCUUGGCAUCAUUCAUUUUUGCUGGAUUUUUCGACCCAAAAUAUGAUGACAGCAGCUGGCCAGUUCUUGUUCUGGGAGCCCUUAUGUUCAUCCCAGGCGCUUAUCAUGUACGCAUUGCGUACUAUGCUUAUAAGAAGUAUCCAGGCUAUACAUUUGAUGACAUCCCAGAUUUUGAUUAGGUUCACUUUUGUUGUUUUGACUGGACCAAAAAAUUUGUGUUUCUCAUAACACUUUGAACCAUGUAGUCAUCCGGUAUGAUGUGCUGCCGUGGCAAGACAAAAGUGCUUUUUUUUUUUUCUUUUUUAAAUCUUGCAGACAUUAUGUACAGUUUUUAAGAGUUUUUAAACAUGAAAUGAGGAUGAUUUGUGUCAUGAAGAAUGUGACUUAUCAUGGCUUCUGACAAGAAAUGCUGUGAAUGUAAACAUACUGUAAAGGCAAUAAAUGUUGCUGUCUACCA